AAUAUUUAAAAUUGAUGCUAUAAAAGUUUUAAAACAUAGUAAAUCUUAAAUUUUUUGAAUAUAAAAGUGUCACGUAACUAUUAAAAAAGUUAUUCACAAAACCCGAUAACAACAAAUUCAUAAAUAGUAACUGUUAUAUAAUAAAUUUAUGAUAAGGGCUUUAAGUAAUGAUAAUAAGUUAAGUUUGAUAUUGUAAUCAAGUAACGUACUAAUAUUAUUAUUAAUAAAUGUGAAUUUCAAAGGAUGUGACACUGGAUUUGGAAAUCUGCUGGCUCAACAGUUGGACUCAAAAGGGUUUACCGUAUUUGCCUCGUGUUUGGACCCGGAGUCAAAGGGAGCUCAAGAUUUACUUAAUACAUGUUCAAAGCGUCUGAAAGUUUUCAAACUCGAUGUCACCAAAGAUGAAGACGUGAAAGAAGCGGUAGAUUUUGUCAGAAAUAAUCUCCAAACCAAUAAACUUUGGUCUAUUGUGAACAAUGCGGGGAUAUUACACUUUUUGCCCGUAGAGUGGGGUCGAGAGGGCGUCGAUAUAUUCAAGAGACAGAUGGAUGUGAACAGUAUGGGUCAGGUGAGGGUCACCAAAGCAUUUCUGCCUCUACUCAGAAAAACCAGAAACAGUCGGAUAGUGAACGUCGAAAGUUUGGCCGGUCGGAUAGCAAUGCCGGGUAUCAGUUCCUACGCGAUGUCAAAGUUCGCGGUCCGAGCCUUCAGUGAGAGUCUGAGGAAUGAAGUGAAACAGUUUGACAUCAAUGUUGUGGUCAUUGAGCCAUCGGUUUAC